AUGAGGAAAUCGGACACUAUGAUCCUCGCCUUUUCUUUCAAUGCUGCCACUUGGACGGUGGAAGUUGUGGACGAAUACCAAUGCUCCAAAGUUGUCCUUCCAUUAUGCCUCUCCAUCUCUAUGCCUAUAAGACGUAGGGCUGCGCUGGGACGCGGGCAAUACUCCAAUCAGUUGGGUUGGUAUCAAAUCGGGAAUUGGGAUAUAGCAAUGGGUUUGCAGGAUAUAAUUUGUUUCUCCUUUAAAAAUCCCAACCGCUGGGUUUUCGACUCACUCAUGAGAACCAUGAAAGGACUCCUUCUGUCUCCGUUGAGGGUUAUUUGCACGACUUACGAAUUUGGGCUCGACUCUUUCUUGAAUCCUAGGAUAGGCACAGAAGUCCGAAACCUAUUCAGUAGAACGUCGCCCACGGAAACUCCCCGGUUUAUCUACGGUAUGCUUGCGAAUACCAGGGAAAUGUUGGAGAGCAUCAAGAGGAUUCGGGCUUAUGUCUUCCUAUCACGUGUAGCGGCUAAAGAGAUUGUCGCAGUGCUACCAUCCCAAGAUACUUGA